CUACCUACCUCCUGUGAAGUCUACACACAACUUUCAAUGAAGUUGAAUGCCAAAUUUCUGAAUUAGUUUCGGGCCGGGGUUAUCCCCCCUCUCGAGAUCUUGUGAUGAUAUACAGUUCAGUCUUAAUUUUCCAGAGCCGUCCGGGUGUUAAUAUGUUUCAAGAAAUCUUUAUUUUUCAGUACUUGCCAUUUGAUAAACUGUGUGUGUGUGUGUGUGUGUGUGUGUGGUGAUUAAAGUUGGUUUUCUCUAAUCCUUUGAUGUCUUUACUACUGGCUGGACGGCAGGGUUGCUCCCGGUUUUUGGCGUCAGCGGCUAAUUCGGUAAGUUCAGUCUCAGCGCAGACGCGAUACUUUCCGGUGCCCGCCACAACAGCUGCUGGUUGCCACAGGCAGCAGCACCCAUCGUCUGCAAGAAAGGACAUGCUGAUGCUGCACAACUCUGCUCGUGCACAAGGGCGGCGAUUGUUUUCUUCCAUAGACCCGUUCAGGGUGAAACCGGCUGAGGCAAAUCAAGUCCCGGUAUCAUUCCGCGCGGCUCUAAACAAGCACGAGAACGCAAAGAAUGACCCAAGAAAGAUGCUGGAAGCCCUUGGGUACCUCAAGGUGUUCGCCAAGGACAAGUACUACUCCGACGACGAAUUCCACGCGAAAGACCUUCUCGUUAGGGUCGUAUCGCCGCUGGGCAAAGACCACGGCCGCGGCGUAGACGGCGGCGUGGUCAAAGAAUCGCUGGAAGUGGCAGGCCUGCUCAUGGACAACGCUUCUGAGGCGAUCCGCAUCCAGCUCUGCAAGGAAGUGGGACUGAAACCCAUCUUGGAGGGGAUUAUCCGACAUUACGGCGGCGGAGGUGCUGAUCACAAGGUGAUCACCAAACUAGCAAACGAGAUUCUCGCAAAACUGCCGCCGCCCUCUGUCUAGCUGUUCAUGCACUUCAUUUCACAUACCAGUGUGCUUCAAGAACUUCAGUUGUGUAUUACCCUUUAUUUCUAAGUUUCUCUUUAGUAUAUACCAGUGAUGGUGUACUCUAUUUAAUAAUACAUACGUGUGUGUAGGCAUGGAUGUGAGUCGUAUCUUCUCCUUUAAUUAAUAAUUAAGUGAUAUUUGGUCA